AUGGACGCCCGACCGAAGCCCCAGGCGUUCCUGUCUACCUAUGCGCCUCGAAUCCGCGCCUACAACAACUCUCUCCUGACCCCGAACGUUGCCAGCGCUCCGGCCACGACUAACUCCCGGGUGACAAAGCGCGGCACGACCAUCAUCAACUACGCAGAAGACGGCUACGAUGAAAUUGACGAUGACGAGGACAGCGGCCGUCGUCGCCCUACUGGCCUGCGCAGCCUGAGAAGAGUGGACGAUUCGGCAAUCAGCCAGGAUCUGCUGGACAAGGCUGGAAAGGACACGGACGAGCCGGUCGAAGUACAGGGUAUUUGGAGAGACUGGUUUGGCAAGGGACGCCAGGUGCGGAAUGACCAGCAGAAUUCGGCGCAAGCAGAUCUGCCUUUGACCUUGAUCCCCAUCCGAAUCGAACUCGAUAUUCCGUCCUUCUUGCCCCAGGUCGCCUUUCCCUCGGCGCCUCACACCGUCGACACAUCACUCCCGCAAUACCGAGCACAAGAAAUGACGCCGCCCUACCGGCUUCGCGAUACCUUCCUCUGGAACCUCCACGAGACGGUCAUUACGACUGAACAAUUCGCGCAAACAUACGUGCAAGACCUCGACUUGCCGAACCGUCACAACCUGAUGCUCGACAUUGCCAGGCAGAUUCGGACCCAGCUUGAGGAGUAUGCCGGCGUUGCCCUGCAUCCCUUGUUUCACGCGCAGUCGCAGAACUCUGGAAUCAACGACGCCACCAAGCCGAACUCAAUGAUCAACCAGGACGAGACGCCCACUCCUGCCGCUGUAAUCAGCCGCUCCGACACUCCAAUGCUGAACGGCGGCAUCGGAACGCCAUCCCGGUUCAAGGACGCGACAUCAGCACCAGAUGUUACAGCCCACGCAAGCCCUAUUCCUGUUGACUCGGACGAGUAUGACCACGACGACGCCUACCGAUGUAUUGUCACUCUCAACAUCAACCUCCAGUCAGCAUUGUAUACCGACAAGUUUGAGUGGUCUCUGCUGCACCCCCCAGGCAUGCCGGAGGCCUUUGCCAGCCAAACAUGUCAAGACCUUGGAUUAACGGGCGAGUGGGUUCCUGCCGUCACGCAUUCCAUUUACGAAGCAGUAUUGCGCCUUAAGAAAGAGGCGUGUGAAGCGGGUGGAUUGGUGAUGGGCUGGAACGGAGUACGCGAGUUCCCCAACGAUGCCACGGCUGGAGCUGAUGCCGGAUGGCGUUACGAUCCGGAGAGCCUAGCCGAUCCCUGGGAGCCCAAGGUCGAGAUCCUCAGCAAGGAAGAGAUGGAGAAGCGAGAAGGCGACAGAGAACGGCAAAUUCGCAGACUCCGCCGCGAGACUGCUCGCUUCAGCUCAACUACUGGCCUGGUGGGCGGUGUGCCAUUCUCUGGAUUCGGCAAUGUAGUGGAAGCUCCGGAAGAAGAACGUAUGGGCAGAGGCGAGCGGUCCAAGAAGAAGCGUCGCUUCCGCAGCCUGAGCCCGAUAGGCCGAUCUGGAACCCCUGGCGGACGCGGAACGCCAGACGUGGGAUCCGGAUAUGGUGCAGGCAGCGGCUUGACGGACACGGAGCGCUUAUCGUGGAGAUGCUGGCACUGCUGUCUCUGGGGCUCGAGUGUGUGGGCGGUGAGACCUGGACCUGCAGGGCCACGGUCACUAUGCCAGAACUGUGGAUUGCUGUACGAGCGGGAUGGUAAGCUGCCGCGCCAAACCAAGAAUAUGCAUCUUACGGUCAUCCGAACGGCGUGA